AAACAGUCGAGCAUUCAACGCAUAUUGUUGUUCUAUUUCUGUUAUCGUGUUAAAUAUGUCUGGUGGGCAACAUCAUCAAGCAGUUAGUAUUCCUGUGAAUCGUGAGCAACGGUCAUUUGAGAGGCAGAGACGUGACCUGUUAACUGGCCUGGAACACGGAGGUGGUACUCAUCGUGGCAACCUAAUCGCACCGUACACGGAAGACUGGCCGAGUACUGUGGACAGCUGGAUCAACUCCUCCUGGAGGAGAUGGGAUGAAGACAUGCGACGUUUGAGACGUGGAAUGUUCGCACUAUUACCGUUGGACAACUUCACCCACGGGAUUUGGGAGAAUCCAUUCGCUUUAAUGCACCAAAUGGAUCGUCAUAUCCAGGAUAUCCGAGAGAGAAUGGGCUCAAUGGAUGUUCCGUCGACCGGUUCAGUGAGUGACUUUUUAAAGGACGCCUACGAAAUAGGUGAGGAUGGCAAGGUACAUUUCAAGGUACGAUUCGAUGCACAAGGUUUCGCCCCUCAGGACAUCAAUGUGACGUCGAGUGAGAACCGUGUGACGGUACACGCGAAGAAGGAGACAACGACCGAUGGUGGGAAGUGUAGUCGGGAGUUCUGUCGUAUGGUGCAGCUGCCGAAGAGUAUUGAUGAUGGUCAACUGAAAUGUCGCAUGACAGAUGAUGGUGUUUUGAUGUUGGAGGCUCCAGUGAAGGUUGAUCAGAACCAGUCGUUGACGCUGAACGAGUCUGGUCAGGUGGGUGUUCGACCGAAAUCGGACAAUCAGAUUAAGGCAGUUCCUGCGUCUCAAGCACUUGUUGCAAAAGGUGUUCAUGGUCUAUCGUAUGUGGAUGAUGGUUCAGGUGGCAAGCGAUUGCAUGUUGAGGUUCCAGUGGACCCAGUGUACAAGCCUGAAGACUUGUGUGUGAAUGUUGAUUCGAAUCGUGUUGUGGUUAGUGGACGUCAUCAUAAGCAGAAGAGUGGUCAAUAUGGAAAGUCAAGUUCAUUUGCAGAGUUCAGUCAGUCGUAUGCGAUUCCCGAGACAGUUGAUCCGUUAUCUGUUUCUGCUCAGGUAGUUGGCAAUACAUUGGUAUUGGAGGCGCCAUUGGAGAAGCAACAUGCAAUUACUCACUAGAAGAGAAUAUGUUUUACUAAACUAAUCGUUGCUUAAUGUUAAAAUAUUGAUGUGAUUUUUCUAAAUAAAUAUUUUUGAAUUGCAUUCAAUCCCAUGUUAUUUAUUUCGUGAUCAUCGUAUUCAGUUGACUUGUUGAACGUUUACUUUCUG